UGUGUUGCUUGAUCAAAUGAUUUAUUAUUGUAUCCUAGCAACAUGAAGACCGCAACAGUGGGUUUGUUUGGCGUGACUCGGAGACCACUACAAGACGUAAAAAAUGAAUGUGUCUCCGGAGGAAAUCCAAGUCAUGGUGGAGAAGAUUUCUCGCCAGGUUGUUCUGCUGCGGAGGAAAAAUAACCAACCAAGGGCUGGCAGCAGCAGUCUGCCAUGCAAGUUGCUGCUCUCAGUGGAGGCCCAACUCAUCUCCAACGCACUGCAGAGCUUCAUAACCGACAGUGAGAUCGCAGUGAGCCGCUUGGCUUUCCUGCAUGUGAACAAUAUUGUGGAAACGGAGGACAAAGAGUUAAUGAGAUGCCUUCAGGAGCAUCAGGUGUUGGCAAAAACGCUGGAAGAAUUAGAAAUAACACAGACGGAGGCUGGUGAAGAAAAUUGGGCCAAGCUACAGACAGACUUUAUGAAAUCAGUGAGGAAUUUGUUCAAGCAUUUCAGGGCAAAGCCAGAAGACAUUUUUGAUUUGAAAAGAAGAGAUGGGUGUCAAGAUUUAGAGACGGCUGGAGUGUUCAUUGGAGCACUGAGGACAUUUCACAAGCACAUCGUCGAAAGAUUGAAGACCAACCCAGAUGAAGAGCUGCACCGGUUGCUGCACGUGCCGGUGCCGUCAUCCAUCGCGCAGAAGGUAAAGGAUGUCGACAAACUGGAAGAAGAGAUGUCGGCUCUCACCAUGACAGUGGACUUGAAGAUUCAUGGAAAAAAUGAAGAGAUCAAUGGCCUGGAGAGUCAACUGCAGGAGGACCAUUCAAAGGAACUGCCUUCUUUAUCAGACGAGCGUUGUCAGCCACACAUCAAGUCUUCAGAAAUGAGACAAGCGGCCACACAGAAGGAAAUAGACAAGCUCAGCACGCGGCUCAAGAGUUUGAUUCUUGAAAACAAAGACAACGAAAGGGAACUUCAAGAGAAAAAUGAACGGCUGGAAAUUGAAAUAGAAGAAUUCCUUCACGAUUUUGAUGAAAAGAUGGAAGAAAAUCAGGCUAAACUGGAGAAAGUUCAAACUCUGUUAAACCAAGAGCAAGGUGAGAUCAGUCAGCUGGAGGAACCGUACGCCGCCCUGAAACACGAAUACGAUCUAGUGAUGGAGAGACGGCAACAGUUGGAACUAAGGCGACAGGAGGAAGCGGAGGAGCUGAAGGUGAAGACCCAAGCAGCGAUUGUGAUUCAGGCCUACUGGAGAGGACACUCCACCCGCGACACAAUGAAGAGGAAAUCGAAAGUCAAAAAGAGCAAGUCUAAAAAGAAGGAAAGGAAGACGAAGAUGGCGCAUAAACAACAAUGAGAUCAGAUGGACUUGUUAUCCAAAACUUGCUGUUCCAUGUGUUCUGUCUGAGUCUGGCUUCUUCAGCUUUGUCUUCAAGUCAUAUUGCUUUUCCAGACUCAUGAUGUAGAGAUCAUUGUGCCAUCA